CGGCUCCAUCCGAAAGCAGUCCGGAAAAACCCGUCUGUAUAGCGUCGUGGAAGUGAAGCCAUAUGAGCGACUCUGUCGAUACUCUUCAGGACCUCACCUCGUCCGAUGUCACCAGCGACGCACUAGCGCUAAACGUUACGGAGCUCCCUCCGCCCCCACCUCGUACUAAUGUCCCUAGUGGGACGAAGCGCAAACGCGUGGUACUGUCCAUCCACGACAAGCAGCAGGUUCUGCAGCGCCUCGAGAGCGGUGAGCAGCCUAUUGCAAUCGCGCGUGCCUUCGGCAUCAGUCGCCAACAAGUGUCGGACAUUAAGAAGAACAAGGAGCGGAUCGUGGCCUUCUGCAUCGACGCCAAACACAUGUCGACACUCAAGCGCAAGACACUCAAAGCCACGUCCGAGUACCAUCCGGGUGUGGAGCAGGAACUCUAUCGCUGGCUAAUUCGGCAGCGUAAACUGGGCCGCGCUGUCACAACAGAGUCUCUGGCCACGAAAACCACGGAUCUCUUCAUGCAGUAUUCACCUGACGACUCUCACAUGUCGCUCAAAGCCACUACCAAUUGGCUCAGACACUUUAAGAAAGCUCACGGUAUUAAAUCACUCACGGAGGAGGAGCUGCAGCAGCUGCCGGAGCAAUUUGUGCCCGCGAUGGACAUGACACGACCCGGAGAUGUGGCCGCAGCAUAUUCACAAGCUUCCGCAACGGAAGCGACUAUCUCGACGAGCUCGAUGACACCAACGGGGAAUUAUUUUUCCUCGAUUACUUCAGCGACACAUACUACGGUAGCUCAACCUGUUAACGUGCUAUCUGGGACGACUCCGACUAUGCCAGUACCACCUGCGCCAUCGACUGCAGUUCCGAUGGCACAUAUACCUGCUUCGAUGGAUGUGAAUGCGUACAUGCACAUCAUGAACACUCAAGCUGUGGGUGCUCCUGCCGACUCGUUGCAAGCUACCGUGAAUACGGCGCAACAACUGAGUGUCCAACUCGCGAGGUUUGAGCGCGACAUGGCGAUCAAAUUGGACUAUUUAGAUGAACGCGUAGCCAAGCUGUGCUACCUGGUACUCCCUACGCGACUGGGUUAACCCUUGAUGACAGCAGUGUGGUCCGAGGAGGUCUGUUCAAAGUUGAAUCAAGAGUAUGGUACGUGUUGUUUAACUCGCCUGGUAGAAGAGAUCUACUGAGCUUUGGCUGGGUCGGUGAAAGACUUGGCCAUAGUAGCUUUCGCUCGUUUCUGUGCCAUCUGCUGCUCCUUGGUCGAAGCACUAGGCGAUGGAACCACCUCGUCACUAUAACUCUGGUUAUUGCUGCUGUUCUUCGAGGACCCGACAGUGGAUCGAGUCUGGGGAAUGAAGCCCAGCUCAUCCAUCGGAAGGCCGUACUCGCUCAUCUUGAGCUGCAUGGCUAUGGCAAGUUCCUGCUGUAACUUCGUGACUUGGGCCAUUUCCGUUUCCAGUUCACGCAGAUCUUCAGCCUUAUUGGCCAUGAUGUCCUCAAGUCGGCCUUUAACGCGAUCUACUAUAGCUGGGUCCAGCUUGGCAUGAAGCAGAACCUCGUUGAGCUCGGCAUCCUUUUGUUCGAGUUGAAGCGUCAGCGCACCCAUCUUUUUCUCGAGUAGCAAGUUCUUGAGACCAGCCUUCUGUUGUACAUCGUAGAUGCUGCUGUGGAACUGGGUCGUGAGCUCCUCCAGUUCUCGAGAUACUUGUGCUGCGCGCUGCUGCAGCACUUCGAACUCCCACGAAAGUGUGGCGUAUUCCUGUUCAAGCACCAACAACUGGGCCUUCGCGGUACGCAGCUCCACCUUCUCUUCCUGGUACACGCAGAUAUUCUUCCUAAGCUUCUCCACGUCCAGCAGAGCUCGCUUCAAAGGCUCCGACAUGCGCUUGUUCUCCUGGGAGAUCUCGAACAUAAGCUUUUCGUCUUGUGCUUCUUUCUUCUUCAUCUCGCUCACCUCUUCUUUAAGUGACUUUAUCAAAUCGAGAUUGUUGUGAGUGAUAUCGUUGUAAUAGUUCUUGAUCUCUCCAAAGGCUUUCUCGUGAGCUGUCAUGAGCUGCGCGAUAUGCAGAUUUUUCCGCUCUUCGAUCUUCUGUGUGUCUUGCUUACGACGAGCUUCCAGGUCGUCGCGGAAGGCCUUGCGUUUACGUUCAUACUUCUGCUGAAGCUCCUUAGCAUGUCGCUCGAACUCUUGACGUAAUAUCGUGAUACGUCGAUCUUGCUCC